AUGAUGGUCCUGACGAUAACAAAGUAUGUAUGCAGCAAACAGGUAACACAGUAAGCCAAUAUUAAACGUCAGGAAAGGAGCGAAGGGGCGACUCAAUCGUUCAUCGCUCAGCCGCGCAUGUGUUGAUAUCGACUGGAUGCGCCUUGCCACAAACCUCUGUAUACUUGAUUAAAAUCAGUUUCCCUCCAUCGUCCUCCCUCUCUUACUGCCAUAGCGUGAUGCCGCUGACAGGGACCGAGAUCUUUAGCACAAACAUAGAAUACAAGUCUUGUAAUUGAGUAAUCUCAAACAUGUGCCGCCGGUGAUGAGAUCGACUGUGACUGAUAUUAUUUAGCAAGACCUGAAUUACGAAAACAUAUGAUUUAUGUUAUAUAUUUUGUGGUCAUCAAACUUAGUUUCAGUUUUCGAGAUGUAGUCAUAAUAAUGUACAAGGAAUCAAUGCGGGACAAGCCUUUAGAAGGGACGUGAAAAAAACACGAGGUGGGCACCGUCAGCUUCCUCAGCUAUCCCCUCUCCCCCCGUCCAGCCGCAGACACGAGCCAUUCCGAUGUCAAGAUGGCGUGGAGGCGGGUGAGUGCGUGUCUCUCUUUGGUGGUGUGGGUGUGUUGCACCAACGUGUGUGUUGUCAGUGUCAAAUCCAAGUCUCCGGUGCACGCCAAGGGCCCUAUCUCUAACAGACCAGUCCCCGCUUCCGUCUUGCCUGAUAUUGGCAAUGUCACGGUUCCCAGUUCCACCCUUUCUGCAGCUGCCACAGCGAGGCCACUUUUAACAACAGACGACGACAAGGAUAGCCAACAGGAGGCGGAGAACUCGCAGAGCCACGGGGACAGCAGUGCCGAGAACAGUAGUGACGGAGAAGCGCCUGUCAGGGAGGCGGCGAGCAAAAGGAACGCAAGUGUGCAGGGCGGUGGUGGUGUGUCUGCAGCGAUAAGGGGAUUACCACCCUCGUCCUCGUCAGCCACGGCAGAACAGCUGAGAUCAGCUACUUCCUUGGCCGGCACCUUGGUUUUGCUGCUGAUAUCCGUGGUGAUCGCCGGCGCGCUGUUCGUCAUGGUGAUAUGCUUCAUUCACAAGUGGAGAGAAAACAUGGGCACGGGGCGGUAUCCACGGGUGGUGUACUCAAUGCUGCGGCAGAGUGAGGAUGAGCCCGAGGAUGUUCUUGGAGAGAUCCUUAUCAACAUAGGUUUGGCAGCUCCUGGGGACACACGUCCCCUCACACCCUCAUCCUCCUCAUCAUCCAGUCGCUGUUCCCCUGCACCUGCUGAGCCAGAGAUGGACAUCAAUGAUCUGGAAGGGACAAAGUUCACCACCAUCCCACUCAGAUCGGAUGAAGCUGCUAAGAGGCUCAUGGUACCAGAGCCAGAGGAAUCUGACGAGGUGGAUGGCCGGCUAUCUCGAGAGAGACCAGCAGCAGACUGUACAGUGAAACACACACACAGAAAGAGGAACUGGAAUUCCCAUCAAGAAAUGCAGUGUAAUGGAGUUUGGAAAGAGCAAGCAGAGGAUUUCAGGGCACUAUAAACUUGAAGGAGAGAUCAUAAAAAAAUAAAAAUCGGAAAGAGAUCUGAGAAUAUUCAUAUUGAAUAACAUGUCACCUGAGAAAUGUGUAUAUAGAAUUGCUGGAGAGACUUUCAACUUAUUGAAAAAUAUAAAGCAUAACAUUUACCUACGUGGAUGAAGACAUGGUAAAGAAACUGAUCGUCACUCUGAUAAGGCCAAGAUUGAAGUAUGCAGCAGCGGUGUGGUCACCAAGCACAAAAAGGAACAUCAGGAAACUUGAAAAGAAUCAAAGAGCAGCAACAAAAUUGCCUCCAAGCUUAUUGGAGAUGUCAUAUGAGGAGAGGCUAUCGAAACUGGAAUUGACAAUGCUGGAAUAGAGAAGGAAAAGAGAACACAAUAGGAAUUUAUAGAAUCCUAAAUAUGGAGGUGCUCAAUAGAGGAAACCUCAUAAAGUGGGACAUGAGGGAUACAAGAGGACAUGGAAGGAAGAUAAAAAAAGAUAGUUACAGAAGGAAUAUGAAAAUGAACAGCUUUACCCAAUAGAAUAGUAGAUAUAUGGAAUGGACUGGAUGAGGAAGUAGUGUGUAAAUUUAAGGCCAUGUAGACACCAUGAGAUACAAAGAUGGGACAGCAUGAACAUAGCUCUCCUCCUUUACAUUAGAACAUUACAACUAGGUAAAUAAACAUAUGCACACACGUAUUGGCCUGUGACUUGAGCAGACGUAUUGAAGACCGUCUCCACAUAUACCAUGAUUUCCUGAUAGCAGCUGGGCCAACUAUAGUAUCUUGGCCUAGCUUUGUGAUCAAGAAGGUUUGGAGCUGUGGUAUGCAUUCUGUUCUGCUUCAUAAUCAGUGAAUAGACAAAAGAAAUGGCAGAAGGUGGUUGUACCUCGUCAAGGAGAGGACCGCGUGACAACAGUAAAUAAAGGGCUGAAGAUGACAAAGAAGUGGAAAAUUGGCUGGAUAAUAUUAAUAAGAGCCCAGGUAUGAGAGAGUUUAGGGGCUUCAGAGUGAAGGAAACUAACAUACCAAGGAUGAUAGAUACCAAGGAUGAUAGGAAACUGUUAAUGUUAGAGAAAACAGUAUCAUAACUGAAGGACAGGGGUGCUUACUUAGAAAGGGAAGAUAAUGAAACUAAGAAAAAGCUGUGGUAGCUAUGUGGAGAUCGUAAAAGACUGUGAAAAGAGUGAAUAUCAAUAGAGAAAAUGUCAAGGAAAUUAAGAAGCAACAGAAAUGGAAUAAGUAGGAAGAAGAAGAGAUGAAUUUAAAGGACUUUAUAGAAAUGCAGUUGAAGGAAAAGAUGGCAUACUCUGGUGAAAGUUUAUUGAGAUGUAUAAUGGAGUUCAAAGAUAUGCACCUUAAGGGGGGCACUCAUCCCAGCAGGCUGAGAAUCUGAAUAAAAAAUCAUAUAAAAAAGUAUUGGGAGCUAAGAUUUGAAACUUUCUAGAAUGUUUUGGAUUAUUAUUACCUUGUUUGUCUAUAGAGAAGAAUGACCUAGGUCAUUACGUCAUGAGACUAUGGUGUAAUUCGUAAUUAUUUGACUUAGUGUUUCGGAGGCCACACUAAUUACUCCAAGAUAAAGUUAUUUGGGCUGUGGAAGGUCAUUUCACCAUUUUAUUUAUUUAUUUUUAAUUUGCCACAUGUCAUAAAAUAUUGCCGCAUCACGACAACCAAAAACAUAACAUUGACAUUUUUUGCCUUUUCUCUAUCCUGUCUUUUUUGCUUCACAUUUUCCAAAAAAAUCAAAACGGUUAAAGAUUUCCCUUGUCAUGAACAAUAGAUACAGCAUUUUCUAAGGAAAUCAGAUCAGCCGUUGAUUUUGUGGAAAUAUUUAAAGGUAAAGAAUCAUGUUUUGAGUUAUGGCCAUUUAAAGAUUGAAGUGUGUCUAUCCCCUUCAUUUAUGCAACAAUUUGAAUAUUAUUUAUGUAUUUAACUCUCAAACACAAGUACAUGAAGCACUGUAAGACUUAAUCAUCACAUUAUUCCAAUUUUUACUACUACGUACUUGUUUCAGGCCUUUUAUCAGUUUAUCUAAGGCUGCAGAAAAAGCAGUUAUAGGCAAUACGUCAAACAGCCCAUUUUCUCGCGCCUUUACUGAUAUUUAAUAAAUAACUCACUGCUGGGUGUCUUCAGAAUGUCACUGAUAUUUAAUAAAUAACUCACUGCUGGGUGUCUUCAGAAUGUCACUUUAUAGGGUGGGGGUAUUUUGUUUUUUACCAGCAGGGGGUGCCUUCCCUUUCCUCCAUGAUGCAUUCCUUGCCAAAAACAAUGUCCUUUAAUUACAUAGGUAAGGGUGCACAAACAACACCAUAUACAGUUCCUUUGCUUCUCUUCUUACAGUGUUCGUAUUUUCUUUGUUAGUGGAAGGGGCAAGUAGUGAGAGAGGAGGAGGAAUGGGUAGGGAGGUGGUGGAUGCAGCAAUUUCUUCCUCCUUGGGUGAAAGCAAAGACUAGGCCACAUCUUUCUUUUAUUCUUAAUUUUUACGCUUCUCAUAUAUUUUAGCUACUGCUUAGCAUUAAUUUUCUUCAUUAAUUUUCUUCUUCACAUAUAUCAUUGAGUGGUGGAAAGAGCAAUAAGAGAGAGAGAAGGCAGGGAGCAAGGAGCUUUGAAAUCACUCCCAGUAAAGACACAGAAGCCACUGACAGACAGUCACCUAGCAGCCAAGCCAGACAAUGGUAUGGUAAUAUCUUACCAGAUAUUACCAUACAAGGCCUAUAUCAUCAAACUUCAAAGAGGAGUAAGAUUGUAACUCUUACUACCAUAUUCAUGCAAAAACAAGCUAUAUAAGAUGACUUUAUAGUAUUUUUCCUGAAGCCACGCCCACUUUUAUUUUUUAUGCUGAGGGACAUUUUAAUGGACUUUAAAAACCAACAUCAGUGCUUUUUGCAGGAAAGAGAUACCCCGGCAAUGAUUCUAGAUAAUGAAUACAUUAUUGCACAUUUUGAAACAUGCCAUUUUUUAUUUACUAAAAUGGGGUGAGUGUCCCCUUAAGUGGGUGGCAGAGAAGUUGGGCAUAAGGACUGGUUUAAUAGAAGUGAAAUAUCAAAAAAGAGAGAGAUAGUGCUUGGGAAAAUGGAAGAUAGCUAGAAGACAAAAUUUCUGGGCAGAAUACAUAAGAAAGAGAGAUGAAUCUUAAAAACAUGGAGAAGGGCACACAAAAUGCAAGAAAGAUAUAAUAGAUAAAUGCAAAGACCAACUCAAACUGUUCUACAGGCAUGUCAACAAUAAGGUACAAGGAAAGGAAGGAAUUGAAAAAUUAGAGGGGUAAAUCUUACCAAUAGCAGCUCCCUCUGUAGCCUUAAUUGCAGUAUGUAUAUAAUCAAAUGGAAGGAUUGGAAAAGAUAGAUUGAAAUGUUAUUGUGAUGUAGGAUACAGGGGACACUAGAGGACGUGGAAAGAACCUGAAAAAGGAAACCUGUAGAGGAGAUAUAAAAAAGAAUAGUUUUCUGCAAGUAGUUGACAAAUAAACUGCCAAAACAAAGGAUGUGGUACAAGCAAAAACUACUCAUAACUUCAAGGCAAAGAUGGAUGAUAAUAGAUACAGAAGUGGGAUGGCACGAGCAUGGCUUUUUUGCCUCAUGUUACAACUAAAUACUAAAUACACACACACACACACAUGAAAGAGUAAAAGAAGACCUACAUGGGUUUAUAAAAUGGGGGAGGAAGUAAUAAUGAAAAGCAUGGAGGAAAAAGACCUGGGAGUGGUUUUUCAAGAUACCCUGAUCCCAGAACAGCAUUUAAAUGAGAUAUUUGGCUCGAUGUACAGGAUGUUAACAAAUAUUAGGGUGGCAUUUCAUUACAUGGAUAAGACUGUGAUGAAAAAAAUUAUAGCCACUAUGCUACAUCCCAAGCUAGAAUAUGCAGCAGUAGUGCAAUCUCUGCAUAUGAAGAAAGAUAUUAAGAAGUUGGAAAGAAUUCAGAGGGCAGCUACAAGGAUGGUACUGGAACUGAAAAAUCUAAUGUAUGAAGAGAGGUUGAAGGAAAUGGAACUGCAAACUUUGCAAGUUAGAAGAGAAAGAGAUCUAAUAACGAUGUAUAAAAUAGUUAACGACAUUGAGAAGAUAGACAAGUAGGACCUGGUGUUGCUGGAAGGUGAAGCUGGACAGAUGAGAAGGCACUCAAAGAUCAGGAAGAGUCAGUAUUUGAGGGACAUCAAGAAGUACAGUUUUCCACAUAGAAUUGUGGAGAUCUGGAAUGGUCUAAAUGAAGAGGUUGUUACAGCACCAAACAUACAUAAAUGUUAGAUAAAUAUAGAUAUGGAAACAGGAUGCUGAGUCCUGCUCGAAUCCUGUGCUAUACAACUAGGUAAAUAAAACUAGGUUAACACACACACACACACACACACACACACACACACACACACACACACACACACACACACACACACACACACACACACACACACGAUUAGAUACUAAAUUUGUUCUACUUCUAUGAAACAACCUUGGUAGAUAGGAACAAACUAAGAUCACUGCAAGAAGAAUAUUGUGUUCUCAUAUUUCAGUGCACAGGUAGCCUAAUGUUUGUGUAAACCUGCUCUCCUAGUAAGAAAUUGAUCACUAUUGCAGAUUUUCAGGAUUGUUAAUGGCACAGGAUUAUUGUAUUUGAUAUAGCUAUUGAUUAUUAAUUCUUCAUGAAAUCUCAUUGUAUUUUUGUAAGCUACCAUCUAGCACAUGUGAGAAAGAGUGUAAAAAAUGUAUGAAGGUAUUCGUUGUUGACAUAC